GAGGCCCAUGAGAUUCCUAAAUCAUUGCAGGUUAAUUGUGAGAGGGGACCAGUCCCAGAGGCUCUCAGCUCUACAGUGCUUCCGAAUCACUGGACGACUCUUUAACAAUUCUGAUCCCCGGGCCCCCAUCCCGGACCAAUUAAAUCCGAGUCUCUAAUAGUGGGGCCCUGGCCUCGGUGGUUUUUAAAGCUGCCCAGGUGAUUCUGGCGUGCCGAGAACCACCGUGUUAAGGUCUGUAGGUGAAUUUGGAUUUUGCCCAUCCAGCCCAGUAUCUGAAUCUAAUUGCCCUGGACAGCCACAUACAUGGAGUAUGUCUAGGAUAUUGGCCUGUCUGCUCAAAAAUUCGAGAUUUCUUUCUUUUCUGUUGCACUUUAACCUCUGCAGGAGGUCAGAGCUUUUGGUGGGAGUUAUCUUGAGACAUCUGGCGCCCACAGUUUAUGGGCUUUGUGUCUGUGCCCACUUAUCAGUAAUGAGCUGUAGUUGAACCAGUGGCCAAUGAAGUGCAUUUUAUCUCUGAAAUCUUGAUGUUCCCUUAGUACAGAUUAGAUGGUUCUGAACAAUUUUGUUUUUUCAGGAAUGAUGUUUUUAAACUCGUUUGACAGUCUAGGCUGUGUAUUCAGCUGUUUUUCAUCUCAAAUCAGAACAACAUUACUUGAAAAAUCUAGACUAAAGAUUAGUAAUGCAACACUUCUGGGAUUAUGUAUGCUCACAGCUCCCAUGAAUUAUAGGAUGAAAGCUACCUUUUAAAAAUACUAUUUUUGCUAGCAUAAUUUAUCAGAAUAACAGUCUCUGGAAUUUCAGUGUGAACAGAAACCAUAUAUUUUUAAAGACUGCUGGUUAGUAACUUUGAAUAAGCAUAACUGAAAUCAAGUUCACAGGUGUAUAAAUCCCCUCUGUGUUCAUUGCUGUGCUGGGGAAGUAUACAAACUUAAGUUCCAGAGAGAAAUGUUCAUUCUGAAACUGUUCUAUAGAUGGUGAUUAAUCAUUUUGGGGUUUUUUUUAAAGGAUAGGAUGAGAUGAGAAUGAUGGGGGAAAGUUUUGAACAAUUAAGGCUAGAGUGUAAAUUGGAAGAGUUUGCAAAGUAGGUACAGAACUUUUUUUGAACAACUUCUCUACAAGAGGAAAUUCAGCCACGGAACAGCUGGACAAGUGAAAAAAGAAUGUAGCUGAUCAAAUAUCAGAUGAAUUGAAAAGAUCCUUGAAAACAUAAUGUACUUAAAUAUUUGCUUCCUGAAAAGAUUUGGUGCUUUAUAGUCAGUUUUUGAGUUACUAGGUCCUCAGUGAUUUUGGGGAAUAGAUGUAGCAGGAGAGAACAUUAUCAGGAAACAACAGACAAGCUCAACAACAAUUUCAACAGCAUCUAAGAGCAUGAAAUAUUAGCUCUUAUUUUUAUGCUCGAAGGAAAAUAGGAAACUUAAAAGGAGUAGAUUGUAGAAUCCAUGCCUACAGGUAAUUGAGUAAGUGCCCAAGUGAAUGAGGCAUAGUAAAUGCCUGUAAAUUCAGAAAAGAGAGAUUAACAUGGAAUUACCAUGAAUAUGUUUAUAGAAAAAAGUAAAUUUGAAAUAAGACUCCUGAAAUGUACUAGCGAUCUUAACUGCUUUAAACUACCCAUGGUUUUUGCUGUUAUGCUCUUAAUGUAGUAACUGCCUAUUUAACCCUAUUCCCUUAUGGUCACAUUAGGUUUUGCUUAUGAAGGACAUGCUUGCUGUGAAACAAACUUAUCUGUUUCUUCUUUUGAACUGUGUUAUCAUUAUGUCAUUCUCAGUCACCCCAUUGCUUGUUGUGUUCCUGAGUCAGAGGGUAACUUUGUUCCUGGCCUCAUAUUUCACUUUUGAUUCUGAUAUUAGUCACAUGGAGAUUCAGAGAACUUGCAAAUAAAUCCAUUCACAAAUUCAUCACACUUGCUGACAAAUUAAACAAUGCCCUUCUGUGGGUGGAAUGUCAUUUGUAUGAAAAAAAGAAUUGUUAACUACGUCCUUUCAGUCUUACUCCUUCCCCUUGCUAUGCCUUCUUUGUGACAGUACUUAUUACAACAUCCAGAAGAGGGUAAAUUGGGGUUGGGGAUUCAGGGAAUGAAAGUAAAAUAAAACUCAGUUUUUUUACUGCCUUGCCCAUCAGUUUUAACUGUAGCUAUUAUAGACGGGGAGGUGCAGGCUUUCUGAACACAGUGGCAUGUGCACUUGAAUAGGCCUGUGUCCUGCCCGAGAUGGUGCUUGGAUGCCUGCAGGUGAAAGAAGUCCAUUUGGACUUGAGCCAUCUUUGAUGUCCAAAUCACUAAGCAGGGACCAUGCAAAGACACAGGAGGGAGCCCAUGAGGGCAUCAAGCCUGAUGAGCUUGCCAGCCUCAGCAACCAGCCAGGGAUGGGGGCAGGGCUGCCCAAGUAGGUGGGGCAGGAAGCCCGGCCCUCAACAAAACCCUAUUAUAUUCUUUGUCUUAGUGAGGAAGUUCUUACUGUUGUAUUAGUGGAAGACAUCUUCUGUGAUAGGGUUAUUGUUGCAUGUACAGAGAGAUUCUUAGAACCGCAUAUGACUCAAUGUAUCUCACUCAGAUUUCUCACCAUACCUUCAUUUAUUUUGCUGCAGUGUCCAGCAGAUCUCCUUGAAACAGUGUGUACGGAAGAUCUGACUAAAUCCUCCAAAUUACCUGGUUGACUCAGAGAACCAAAUUACUGGAGCUUUGUAGGAAAGGUUUGACUUUCAGGGCUUUAGCCAGAGUAACUUAUUUAAUGAUUGACUUUUAAUGCGUUUCUGUGCAAAGAUCAAAGCAGGUGAAUUUUCAUGUAUUUUUAGAAUUCUAGUAGAAAAGGAAGAUAGGAAUAUCUAAUUCAAGUAUACACUCUAGUUUUUAGGGGAAUUUGUGUUUUUAUUUUACUUUUUUGGUUGCUACGAUGUGUCCUAUAUUCUAUAUUUAUAAGAACAUAAAUAUGUAAUUAAAAGAAUAUAUUUGAUGGCACUACUGGUCAACAAAGCCACUUAUUUGUGAAAUUUUUUGGUAACUUGAUGGAAAUAGUCACGUUUUAUCCAUUGAAAACUACAAAGUUCUUAUCUAUUGUUCUUUAUGUAUAUUUAUGCAUUAAAAAUACAUCUUUCAGGGUAAGCAGAUGUACUGAAGUGUAAAUCCAUUUUUUAUGAGAGGUUAUAUGGAAAAAUAUAUCAUUCAAGACUCAGUCUCUGCCUUGCCUGUAGGCCUCGUCAAUGUUUGGUGAAUGACCUCAACCCUGUUUUUUUCCUUCCUUCUUUGGUGAUUGAGGACAGACAAUGAAUGGUCUCUGUACUUGCCUGGGCUCAGCUGGGUGGUGGCCAUUAUGCCAUUGUGCUCACUGGAGAGGACUGCCGGGUUUGUAGAGCUGCAGAUCCCGGCCUUCCCUGACAUUGCCAAUCUCUUUUCUUUCAGCUCCACCAGCCCAUUCGGAGAAAAGUUACUGUUCAGUCCCUGAAGGCUUGUGCCAUAAAAGAGUGGGAGACAUUCCCAGGGAGGUGAGGAAUGAAAGAUCGAAUUAAAGACCAUUAAAGACCGAAGGGCAUCUAAAUCUGCAGCAACCAUCAACUCUCUUUUCUUUGAGAGUUUCGGCACCCAUUUGGACUUUCACAAUCAGAGAUGGCAGCGGUGAAGGCAUCAACAUCGAAAGCUACCAGGCCUUGGUAUUCUCAUCCGGUAUAUGCAAGAUACUGGCAACAUUAUCAUCAAGCAAUGGCUUGGAUGCAAAGCCAUCACAAUGCCUACAGGAAGGCCGUGGAAUCCUGUUUCAGUCUUCCAUCGUACUUCCCUCCUGCACUUCUUCCCCAAAGCUCUUACGAUAACCAGGCUGCGUAUCCUCAGUCCUUCUAUGACCAUCAUCUGGCCUGGCAGGACUACCCCUGCAGUUCUUCACAUUUCGGAAGGUCUGGGCAGCAUCCACAUUGCAGCAGUAGGAUCCAGGCAUCCACAAGAGAAGACCAAGCUUUGUCCAAAGAAGAAGAGAUGGAGACUGAGUCAGAUGCAGAGGUAGAAUGUGACCUGAGCAAUAUGGAAAUCACCGAAGAGCUCCGCCAAUACUUUGCAGAGACUGAGAGGCACAGAGAAGAACGACGGCGGCAGCAGCAGCUGGAUGCAGAGCGCCUGAACAGCUACGUAAAUGCUGACCACGACCUGUACUGCAACACCCGCCGGUCGAUAGAAGCCCCAACUGAGAGGCCUGGUGAGCGGCGCCAGGCCGAGAUGAAGCGUUUGUACGGGGACAGCGCUGCCAAGAUCCAGGCCAUGGAAGCUGCGGUGCAGCUGAGCUUUGACAAGCACUGUGACCGAAAGCAACCCAAGUACUGGCCGGUCAUCCCCCUGAAGUUCUGAGCUCGGGGCACAGGGCACCCAGCCUCUCCCUCUUCCUUUUGGGUGCAUGCUCUUCAUCUCUCCUUCUGUACAUUUCUUAGGGAAAGGGGACUUUGUACUGGGGCACAGGCAUGUUCACCACAGUCCCAGUGGGCCUGUCACGGGGUGGAUGUACUAUGCCAGCCGCUUGGAGGUCUGCAGCACAUGUUCUGUUGCCAACAUGAUAAAUUUUCUCCUGACAUAAAAAAAUUUUGUAUAUACUAUACUGGUUUUUUAUGUUGUUGGUAACAGUUCGGUUCUUUAAAGUUCUUGCCUAGAGAUACUGCCUGGUGUUUUGCUUUUUUAUCUUUUCUUGUCUUUAAUCUGUCUGAACUACACAAAUGCCUUUAAAAAACCAGAUAUCCUCUCCGACUCUAGCUCCAUUAGCCCCCACUAAAACUGAGCCACGUGUGUAGUGAGACAAAUACCACUUCCUCUAGUGGAGAGGGAUGCAUGUUCUAUAAAGGGCCAGAGAAUGAAUAUCUUUGGCAUUGCAGGCCACAUGGUCAGUGUUGUGACUACUCAGCUCUCCCUUUGUAGUGUGAAAGCAGCUGUAGACAGUAAGUAAACAAAUGGGUGUAGCUGUGUUCUAAUAAAACUUUAUAAAAACAGGUAGCCGGGUGCAUUGGUUCAUGCCUGUAAUCCCAGCACUUUGGGAGGCCGAGGUGGGCAGAUCAGGAGGUCAGGAGAUUGAGACCAUCCUGGCCAACAUGGUGAAACCCCGUCGCUACUAAAAUACAAAAAAUUAGCUGGGCAUGGUGGUGUGUGCCUGUAAUACCAGCUACUUGGGAGGCUGAGGCAGGGGAAUUGCUUGAACCCGGGAGGCGGAGGUUGCAGUGAGCUGAGAUCGUGCCACUGCACUCCAGCCGAGAGACAGAGCAAGACCGUCUCAAAACAAAAACAGGCUGCAGGCCAGAUUUGGUCUACAGAUGGUAGUUUGCCAACUGCAGCUCUCAUGGAAUGAAAAUCAUCUGCCUGACAUUUUUAUUCUUGUUAUCUCAUUAUCUCUACAGAGCUUAGAUGUCAUACAGAAUUGAGAGCAAAGAACAAUAAUUCCGGCCAGGCGCGGUGGCUCAUGCCUGUAAUCCCAGCACUUUGGGAGGCCGAGGUGGGCAGAUCACGAGGUCAGGAGAUCGACACCAUCCUGGCUAACAUGGUGAAACCCCCAUCUCUACUAAAAAUACAAAAAAUUAGCCGGGCAUGGUGGCGGGUGCCUGUAGUCCCAGCUAUUCGGGAGGCUGAGGCAGGAGAAUGGCAUGAACCCGGGAGGCGGAGCUUGCAAUGAGCCGAGAUCGUGCCACUGCAGUCCGGCCUGGGCGAAAGAGUGAAAACCAGCAAACAAUAAUUCCCAAAUCUGGUCACUUCUGCAGUCACCUCUGUUGUAGAAAAUGCACAGUUGAAUUCUUACUAUAUACAGCAAAUAUUGAUUUGAUAAAGGAAUACAUUUCUGAAAAUGAAAUCUAGAAGCUGAUGGAACAGGUCAUUUAUAAAAGCCAGCUGCCUUUUAAAUAAGUUAUUCCAGUACAUUGCCAGGGUGAGCCCAUGUCGACCUGAGAAGAUUAGCACAUCCAUCAAAGGGUGGUGAAAAGAUUUAGUAUUGACAUGUUUCUCUCUAAGAACAGUUCUUAGUUGGCUUCACAUUCAGCCCCUGCCCUGAGACAUUCUUUUCAUCAGCCCUGGGUGCUUAUUUUUCUAAGCUCUCUUUUUAUUACAGGAGUCAUAAUUUGUGUGUAGGUGUUGCAGACAAAAAUGAUAAUUAACUUUCCAUUGAGGUGACACGUAACUAAAAUUUCAAAUCUUUAGUAUUUCUCCCUUUCAUUUUAAAUUCAUAUGCCUAACUAUAAAAUAACUGUGACUGAGAUACAAGUACAAACCAAAGUCUGGAAUUGCAGGUGCUUAGGCAUUUGAAAGUGAAAUGUUUCUCUUCACAAAGAACUCUUAUACCCUCCCCUAAAGAAAUCACCAGGCUGGUCUCACCCCUACUGGCUUUGUGACCUAAGGCUUCACCUCUCAAUGCUUCUGGUUCCUUCUUUAUCCUUGAAAUGAGUGUUAAUAACUCUCUCGUGGGGUCAUUGUGAGGACCACAUUGAGUAGUGCCUAUAAAACAGUGCUGGCUACACGGUAAAUACUCAAUAAAUGUUGACACGUUUA